CCGAACGCGAUGGAGGCUUCCGGCACUCAACAACACAGGGAGAAGGACCCACGCGUUCACAGGCCAUGUGCCUUUGACAAGAUGGAGGGGCUGGUGCGGGAGAUGCAAGACCCUGAGAACGGGGUACCCGUGCGCAGCCAAAAACAAUUCCUCACCUCGAUACCCUCGGCUUUCAUGGGUUACGACCUAAUCGAGUGGCUGAUGGAGCGACUUGCCAUCGAGGAAUCAGUAGAGGCGGUCCAUAUCGCUAAUCAACUUUGCCAGUAUGGUUACUUCUUCCCGGUCAACGACUCCAAAACUCUCACGGUUAAGGACGACAGCUCUCUUUAUAGGUUUCAGACACCUUACUAUUGGCCUUGGCAGCACAGAACACCCGACAACGUUGAGUAUGCGAUUUAUCUGGCGAAACGUACUCUACGGAACAAACAACGACACGCUUUGGAGGAUUACGAGAUCGAAGCCUUGAAUAGCCUGCGGAAGAACUUACAAAACAAAUGGGACAUCAUACAACUUCAAGCGGAAGAGCAGGUGCGGUUGUCGAAGGAUCGGAAGAAGGGCGACAAAAUCGUUAGCGAUUCGCAGGAACGUGCAUUUUGGAGGGUUUAUCGACCACCGCCCGGAUGUCUGAGCAGCCUCGAAGUAGUUCCGGUGCCAACCAGAGCCCGACCCGGGCUUCCGGGUCCUCCGCCUCGCAAGCGCACCCUCAACGAUCUGCAACGCGAGGUUGAUCUGCUACGAAAUAGUUUGACUCGAACGAGAAUAAAGGUGUCGAGUGCCAUCGAAAAUUUGAAGUCGUACUUCGAAACGUACAUGGAGUACGAUCCGAUGAUCGUACAGCCGCAACCUUCGAAUCCCUGGAUUACGGACGAUCAGAUGUUUUGGCAACUAAACAGCCCGCUGGUGGAAGUUCCUACGGAAAAGCGCGUGAAAAGAUGGGCAUUGUCUUUGGAGGAAUUAACGUCCGAUCCGACAGGUCUGCAAGAAUUUACCAAUUAUCUGAGGAAGGAGUACAGCCACGAGAACAUUCGGUUCUGGCUUGCGGUGAAAGAUCUCAGGCGGAGCUUCCAAGCGCAAAUACCCGCGAAAGUAAACGAAAUUUUUGAGGAAUUCCUGGCGCCAGGGGCACCGUGCGAGAUCAACAUCGACGGCAAAACGAUGGAAAAGGUGCACCAAGAAAUGAAAAACCCCAGCAGAUUUACGUUCGAUUCUGCUGCCGAGCACGUCUAUGCGCUGCUUCUCAAGAAGGACUGUUACCCGAGAUUUGUUCGGUCGGAGCAUUACAGAAAUCUGUUGGCCGCGGGGAUUCAGCCCAUGCAGAAAAAAAGGUUCUUCGGAUUCGGUGGGCAGGCCAAGAAGAAAACUUCGUCAACUACGGCGCCAGCUACCGGGACUUUGCAGCAACAGCAUUCGACGAUCGGCACGAGUGGCGGGAAGAGGAGAGGAAGCGACAGAAGCCUCUCGGGAUCUGCACAUGAGCUCGCCUUCUGCGGAGUUCGAGACGUAACGAUGACUCCCAGGGUUCCCCAUUCUCACAGCCAAUCGAAUCUCACCGACAUUCCGUACAGGGGAGAUCUGGCUCGUCUCGUAAAGAUUCCUUCAAGGCCUAGUCCACGUAGUAUUCAGGACGCCGGCGGAUCGACGGAGGCGGCGCCGGCGGACGACGUGUGUCCGUGGGACGCGGCGCCGCCGUCGGGGCCGGGGCCCGGGCCCAGUCUGGCCCCGACGCUCCUGGAGGGAGGGCCCGACCCGAGGCUGCAGUCGCGGAAGAACUCCUCCCAGCUGGACUCCUGCAGCUCCUCGUCGGACAUCAGCCUGGCCGUCGCGGAGGCGUCGGACCGGCUGCGUCGCUCCUGCGGCCUCCAGCUGGCCGCGGUCGCCGCGACGCCCCGGGUCAAGCUCUCGGACACCGCCCGCUCCUCGGCCUCGAUGUCCUCCUGCACCUUCCCCUCGCCUCGGCAGUCCUUCGACCUGGUGAAUCCGUCGCCGUCGCCGGCGGAGGCGCACCCCGGCGUCGCCUCCAUCGUCCUCGAGGAGGCGCCGGGGCUGGUCCGGAGGAUCCAACCUUCGCCCUCCCUGGAAACCGAGAACCUCCCCGGUUUGGCGACGACGCCGCCCCUCGUCGUCGGUGAACUCGAGGCAGAGAUCGCGUUAUCUCCCGUGGUGGAGGGCGGAUUGCUAUCGAGCCCCGCCGGGACCUCGCGGAGGGCCUCGGAGGUCGGCGAAAGGAAAGCCUCCGUGGCCGAGGUCGGUCAGGACGACUUGGGCGAAAUUGCUCAAAACGUUGCCGGGGUCGCCGCGGCGGAAGCGGAAGAGGUCGCCGAAGAGGCGCAAGUCGUGCCGGUCUGGGAGCCCGAAGCGACGUCGGCGCAGGCAGCUGCCGCUGCCACCGGUCAGGUGCAGCGAGACAAUAAUGUUAACGAGGUGUGCCCAUGGGAGGACGAGGAAAACUGUCGAGUGGAUGCGCCCUACGUAAAGACCUAUGCGACUCUAGGCUAUUUGUAAUUUUUGCUGUUGAGUAAUCAGUUUAAAGACUUUAUAUUUAAAAGGAAAUCUUGAUCGAGCCCGCUUCGCCGCGUCUAUUUCCUCUCCAGUGUCCAAGUAUAUGAUAUUCGACAUAGGAACGCUUUCAUUUUUUUUAUCCAACAAAUUUCUACUUCCAAAGCGGCAUAUCAUUCAAUGCAAUCGUUCAGUUUUUAUCGUUCGUCGGAAUUAAAAAAGGUGAUCCACGAAAACCCAAUCAAGGAUGUGCAAUAUCAGAAUCACGUAGGAUGAAAAUCUGUAAUUUAAAAAGUUCACGAAUCGGCCGAAACGGUAUGAUCGAUUCAACGAUUUGGCCUAUAGAGAUAUUUCAAUGUCUAUUAAAGAUAAAAAGUACGAAACGAUAAGAUGACUAUCCUUCUGAAAUGUUACAAAUCCUUUGAAUGUAUCUAAUUUUGGUUUUAUUCCGAAAUUAUGAACGGGUGAACGAGAAGUGCCUAUGCGAUAUUAACUAUACGACCCGAGCCUAUUUUUACUAUUCGAUUCCGUACCAUGACUUUAUUAGUGAUAAAACCUGAAAAUACUGUAUCGCGUCAGUCGUAUAAAAUUUAAAUUAAUUCAUUAGAAGAUAAAUCUUUGAGUUAGGAAAAAUCAGUGUUCACGUAUCUACGGUUGCCAUAACUUGUACAUUUUAGGACACGUGGAAUAUGUAUAUCUUGCAUGUGAAAAAUUACCACUCAAAGUUCAUUACGCAAGAAAUUUAUAGCAAUAUUAUAAUAUAUCAUUUAUAUGAAACGCGCGAUUUUUCUGCAUGUUUGUUUGAUUUUGAAAGUACCCUCGGGGUUAGAAGGACGUCUCCGAAAAUUUGUCAAACAUGAGCCCCGUGACAAUUUUUGGUAACGUCGUCCUUUCUUAGCCCUGGAGUAGCGUACUUUUCUUUUUAUUCAAGAUUUUGGCAUCAUUUAGAUUAUACGCGAAGCUAUAUUUAUCGUUUCUUUUUUCAACAAUUUAACUUUGCAAAUCCAUAAAGAUUUAAUUUUCCUUACAUAUGAGAACUUAUUGGCGAGGAUCAUUUCAUGUCAUGCAGUUUCAGAGAACCAUACAAAUGCACGGUAUAAAAUACUCAUAUAAGUAUACUUUUAGUCAUAAUUUAAUAAAUGAAGAAAAAGCUAUCUGGCAAACGUAGAUAACCGUGAUUCUUGCAGAUUCUUUAAACAAUUCGCAAACCCCUAACUUGUGGAAAAAUAUCGUCACGUGGUUAGAUACUAAACGUGAAAAAUAACAUUUCCACCCCGUCAAUUUCUGAUUGAAAAUGACAGGACAAUAAGUAUUAACGAUACGUUUAAAUCAUAUUUUAUUAUUCAUUUAUCGCCGGAUAUAGUUGCGUUCCGGAUAAUUUUCCUCUACACUUGACGACCAAAAUUCGUCUUAUGUCAUCGUUAUUUGUCCAAUCGGAAAAUCGGCUCGUCACAUUUUUCACGCAUAGAUGUCGCUCUCUGUUUCCUAAAAAUUAGAAUUAACGCUAACGUAGAGUUAACGCUCACUGUCGAGUACUUGUUGAUAGUUAAAUGUGGAUAUUAGCUGUAGCGUUGCAAGCGGAGUGCAAUUCUUUCUGCAAUCUCAAUUAUACCCUCUCCGGUGAUAAGCAACGACCACGUUGACUUGACCGGACUGUUGAUAUUGUGGAUAUUAAGAUUUUAGCAAAUUUGGACAUCGCUUCGGUUGAACGUCAGACGGUAUAUGUUAUAAUUAUAAGUUUUCGAUUUCCCAGAAAACUUAGCUGACAUUUAUAACCGAUUGUCCGCUAAAUGUUACCAGUUCUUUAUCAAGGAACUUGAUGCCUCCGCCACGUUACAUUCGGCCCAGCCUAAAGUACUUUUAAGGAAAACAUUAUAUGCACAUGUGCGUAUAUACGGAAUGAAUCUCAUGAAAGGUUCAAAAUUGACGGGAUUUAAUUGGGUUGGUGCAUAAGUUCGUGCGUUUUUUUCAACUAGGAAAACCACCCAGAUGAGCUACGCACGCUGCAAUUGUUUGUCGGCAAUGCGUGAGAUAAAUUUAGCUGUACAUACGCGUACAAAC